CAUGGUGUCCCCUCCUCCUACAGCCAGAAGCUGUCAGGAGAAUACUUCCGGUACAAAGGCAUACCCUUCCCAGUCGGCAUCUACUCACCCGAGAGCAUCAGCAUCACGGAGAACGCCGAGGUGGAGGACGACGACAUCUUCAUCAUCACCUACCCCAAGUCAGGCACCAACUGGAUGAUCGAGAUCCUUAGCUUAAUUCUGAAGGACGGGGAUCCCUCCUGGAUUCACUCCGUGCCCAUUUGGAAGCGGGCACCCUGGUGUGAGACCAUCAUGGGUGCCUUCAGCCUCUCGGACCAGUCCAGCCCCCGCCUCAUGAGUUCCCACCUCCCCAUCCAGCUCUUCACGAAGGCCUUCUUCAACUCCAAGGCCAAGGUGAUCUACAUGGGCCGGAACCCCCGCGAUGUGGCGGUGUCCCUCUACCAUUACUCCAAGAUCGCCGGGCAGUUGAAGGACCCCGGCACACCCGACCAAUUCCUGCAGAACUUCCUCAAAGGCGAAGUGCAGUUCGGCUCCUGGUUCGACCACAUUAAAGGCUGGAUUCGGAUGCAGGGCAAAGAGAACUUCCUGUUUAUCACCUAUGAAGAGCUGCAGGAGGACCUCCGUGGCUCCGUGCAGCGCGUCUGCCAGUUCCUGGGCCGGCAGCUGAGUGAGGAGGCUCUGGGCUCCGUCGUGGCACACUCGGCCUUCGGGGCCAUGAAGGCCAAUGCCAUGUCCAACUUCACGCUGCUGCCGCCCAGCCUGCUGGACCAGCGCCGUGGCGCCUUCCUCCGGAAAGGGGUCUCCGGGGACUGGAAGAACCACUUCACGGUGGCGCAGAGCGAAGCCUUCGACCGCGUCUACCGCGAGCAGAUGCGGGGCCUGCCGACCUUCCCCUGGGACGAGAACCCCGAAGAUGUCAGUCCGAACCCCGAAGAUGUCAGUCCGGACCCCGAGCCCCGCCCUGACCCCAGCCCCAGCCCGGCCCAGGCUCCCGAGCCCCCCCACCCGUGACCCCGAGA